UUUUUUUUUUUUUUUUUGUUUGAAAUAUAUUAUCUCUGUUUAUUCUCUCUCUGCUUGGAGAUUUUUUUUACAAGAAACAACCAAAUUAAAUCUCUCUAGAUGGCAAUGGUGUGCGAAUCGCUCCCAUUUUUAUUGUUUUUUCUUCUGCUAUAAUUUGCUUCGUUAUCUCUUUCUUCCACUUGUCUACUACCGCUCUAAAUCCUGAUUUAGGGUUUCUGAUCUUUCUCAUUCCAUUCACUUUUAUCAAAGUGGAAAUGAAGCUCCCAUAAUCCAAGUUUUUUCCCAAAGCUGGUUUUCAAUGUCUUUGAAUGAAAGAGCAGUGGUCACUCGGUCUUGUGGAGAAGCCUAAUUGCUGCUGUUGCCCCCAUGUCUUUGUCCUUGGUUUUGGAAUCCGAGGACAAGCAUACAUUAAUUUGAAGUUGAAAAAAUGGUUACUGAGGUCAAGAGUUUACUGGACGAUAUUUCAGUUCUGAUAAAUUCUGAAUAUUACAUAAGGACAUAUGACAUUGGGAUGUCAUCACUACCAUGCUGAUGAUGUUAAAGAUGGAUACCUUACAGUGAUCAUGCUGUUCCUUUGGUAUCACAAAGUAAAGAUGGGUUCCAGAUUCCCAUCCCAUCAGCUCAGUAAUGGCCUCUAUGUAUCAGGCCGUCCUGAGCAACCAAAGGAAAGGCCUCUGACAAUGAGCUCAGCUGCCAUGCCCUACACUGGUGGUGAUAUCAAAAAGUCAGGAGAACUGGGAAAGAUGUUUGAUAUUCAUGUAGAAGGCUCCAAGUCAAGGAAGUCUGGACCUCUAACUAAUGCUCCUUCAAGGACGGGAUCAUUCGGAGGUGCAGCAUCACACUCAGGACCAAUCAUGCCAAAUGCUGCAGCUCGUGCAAGCUAUUCUACAUCAGGUCCUGUAACUUCUGGUGGGAUCCCAGGCUCAGCUUCCUUGGUAACAGGAGGAUCAAAUAGGCAGAAAUCCAACUCUGGACCACUUAAUAAACAUGGGGAGCCUGUUAAGAAAUCUUCGGGUCCUCAAUCUGGAGGAAUGACUCCAGUUGUACGCCAGAACUCUGGUCCUCUUCCACCAGUACUCCCUGCAACUGGUCUCAUUACAUCUGGCCCUAUUUCUUCAGGCCCACUAAAUUCAUCUGGAGGCCCUCGGAAGGUAUCUGGUCCUUUGGACUCUAUGGGAUCAGUCAAGCUACAUAGCACUUCAAUUGCUCACAACCAGGCUGUGACUAAUCUUAGCCAGGAGGAUGACUACUCCUUUAAGGGGAGUUUCCCAAAGCCAAUAUUGUGGUCCAUGAUUUUGUUGUUUGUGAUGGGUUUCAUUUCAGGUGGUUUUAUUCUUGGUGCUGUCCACAAUGCCAUUCUUCUCAUUGUUGUUGUGGUUCUCUUUGGUGCUGUUGCUGCACUUUUCACAUGGAACACUUGUUGUGGAAGAAGAGCUAUCCUGGGUUUCAUUGCCCACUAUCCAGAUGCAGAGCUCAGAACUGCAAAGGAUGGGCAAUAUGUCAAAGUCUCUGGGGUGGUUACCUGUGGAAAUGUACCCCUUGAGUCAUCUUUCCAAAAGGUUCCCAGAUGUGUUUAUACAUCCACAAGUCUAUAUGAGUACCGGGGAUGGGAUUCAAAGGCUGCCAAUACUACACAUCGCCAUUUUACAUGGGGGCUUCGAUCACUUGAGAGGCAUGUGGUCGACUUCUAUAUUUCUGAUUUCCAGUCUGGUUUGAGAGCAUUGGUCAAGACUGGCUAUGGUGCCAGAGUGACACCAUAUGUUGAUGAGUCUGUUGUUGUUGAAAUCAACCAGUCAAAUAGAGACUUAUCUCCAGAAUUUAUCAGGUGGUUAAGAGAGAGGAAUCUGUCAAGUGAUGAUCGUGUAAUGCGCAUGAAAGAAGGGUACAUCAAGGAAGGCAGCACUGUCAGUGUGAUGGGAGUUGUUCAAAGGAAUGAUAAUGUGCUCAUGAUCGUUCCUCCCCCUGAACCCUUUUCAACAGGAUGCCAGUGGGUCAAAUGUAUCCUACCAGCAAGCCUUGAUGGCAUUGUUUUGAGAUGUGAAGACACAUCAAAGAUUGAUGUCAUUCCAGUGUAACCAGAGGGAUUGGGAAGUGGUGUUUUCCUUUUUAGUGCCCUUCCAAAAUUUAGAUUGUUGGUACAACGGUGGCAAUGAUGAUUAUGGUGAUAAUUUUUAAGAUGAGAUGGUGUUUUUCCUUCUUAAUUUGUUGUAUAGUUCUGUGUCUUCUUUUCUUCUUUUAGGGGUUGAAAGCUUUUGUAAUUCAGCUGGCUUCAUUAUUGUAACAGAGAACUUGAGUUGUUUGAAGAGGUGAUUGGCUUUGGGUCUAUGCGGAGAA